AUGAUGAUGAUGAUGAUGAUGAUGAUGAUGAUGAUGAUGAUGAUGAUGAUGAUGAUGAUGAUGAUGAUGAUGAUGAUGAUGAUGAUGAUGAUGAUGAUGAUGAUGAUGAUGAUGAUGAUGAUGAUGAUGAUGAUGAUGAUGAUGAUGAUGAUGAUGAUGAUGAUGAUGAUGAUGAUGUGGUCUAGGAAUGAAGUGAAGUCCUAA